UCUUUAGUACGGAAGCAUGCAGUGCGCUAUUGAGCACAGUCAGAGAUUGAACUUGAGUAGCGCUGCUUUGUCGCCUUACACUCCGAGCGUGCUGCCCGAGAGUCAGGUAUUCUCUCUGCUUAACAUGUUUGAUUGGUGAAAUACAUUAAAAGCAAGGGAGUUUUGUAGACCUUGGACUGUGCUUAAAGGAGAAGGAAAGCAGCACAGACUGUCCUUUCACGCGCGUUCAGAACUUCGGGAUUUACUGUUGGAGAUGCUGAACCGAGUUCUAGGCGUCAAGAAGGAGGAUUUCCAGGCGCCAGAUUAACCGAGCCGACCAUUACCUACCUCUUUAUUUAAAUCCACCCAGCGGCUUCAAACUCCCAGUUUACAAACACCAUGGCGUUUUUAAUGAAGAAGAAGAAGUUCAAGUUCCAGGUCCAUUUCACUCUAGAAGAGCUGACGGCUGUGCCGUUCAUCAACGGGAUGCUCUUCUGCAAAAUCCGACUUUUGGAAGGAGGAGACUUCGUCAUCUCUUCAUCUAGGCAAGAGGUGCAGGAGAACUGUGUUCGCUGGCGAAAGAAGUUCUCCUUCGUGUGCAAGAUGAGCGCUAACCCUACGACAGGGGUGCUGGACCCCUGCAUCUGCCGAGUGUCCGUGCGAAAAGAACUAAAGGGCGGAAAGUCUUUCUCAAAGCUGGGCUUUGCUGACCUCAACAUGGCGGAGUUUGCCGGUUCAGGCUCCACCGUGCGCUGCUGUAUACUGGAGGGCUACGACACCAAGAAUACUCGACAGGACAACUCCAUUCUGAAGGUUACUAUUGGGAUGACGCUUCUCUCCGGGGAUCCUUGCUUUAAAACGCCCCCAAGUACAGCUAAAAACACAGCCCUCGCUGGUCAGGACCCAUCUCUACAGCUGGACUGUAAGGGAGAGGGCACUGGCAACAACCUGGCUCCACCCACAGGCAUCAGCCCCGGAAUCAUCUCCACCAGCCGCACACUCAAACCCAGAGCUUCAAUGCUGAGCUCAGGUCUGCCAGAAGUGUUAGAUGAGAACCUCUCAAGCCCGGAAGAAGUGUUCCACACAGGCCACUCGAGGAAUUCUAGCUAUGCCAGUCAACAGAGCAAAGUUUCAGUGAUGUCUGUCCUUGCUACAGGCUACAGCACAGAGCACUCGGGCUCAUCCAGUCUGACAGACCUGAGCCAGCACCGUAGGAACACGUCCACCAGCAGCAGCAACGCUUCAGCUGGGACCACCACGGCUACUGAGAGCUCAGCAGAACCGGACAAAGAGCUGGCAAAACCUGAGAAACCUCCUCGCCCACCAAGGCCUUCCAUCCUCCCUAACCGACCUUCUAGUGCCAUUUCUUCUAGGAGAAAGAAGGACUCUGUGGAGAACCACCCGACCUGGGUGGACGACACGCGCAUGGACGCUGAUGACAUCGUGGAGAAGAUCGUCCAGAGUCAGGACUUUGCUGACGUCAGCAACAAUGAGGAUAGCAACUUGCAGCUGUUUGUCAGUCGGGACGGUACCACUGCUCUUAGUGGCAUCCAGCUGGGCAACAGGGUGUCGGCGGGUGUGUUUGAGCCUGUCGUGAUUGAGAGUCAUUAGCGGAAUCGGUCACACUCCUCCUGAAUUACAAAAGACGGCCGAAAUGAAUGAGGAUGAAGAACAAGACAGAGGGGAAGUCCUGCAUCGCACUAACCAGAUGUUUUGCUACUUGCAGUCUUUUUUAUUGUCCUCACUGAUCAGUUUAUUCACACAUUAUAAUGAGAACACCCAAAAUCCUACAUUGUAAUAAAUGCAGAUGGUGGUGGGUAUUUAUUAUUAUUAUUAUUAUUAUUAUUAUUAUUAUUAUUAAUAUUAUUAUUAUUAAUAGCCACGUGAUCAAAACGAUGUGUUAAUGACACCCUAUUUGCAAGUAAACAAACUACUUGAAAUACCUGAAGUAGUCAAACACUGUGAAAAACUGUCGCUGGCCUAGGAAACAUCGUAUUUAUGGCCUAAACGGCAGCCCUUAGGAUUUUUAAGUAGAAAUACGAUUCAUAUAAUGCUCAGCCUUUCAGAUAUUAUUUAAUGGUUCUGAUCUGUGUGGGGUUUUUGUUUUUUUUUGGUUUUUAACCAUAUUUGUUUGUCUGGUUUUGCCUGCAUUCGUUACACACCACUAAUUGUCCCGUUUUAGUUAACCACUAUCUUUUCCCUGCACUGGGAACGAGCUUAUAGGAAAAUUACAAUAUUUGGAUUUUUUUUUAGCAGUGCUUUAAAACAUUUUUGUUGAUUGUCCACUUUUAAAGUAAGACGUAUCACACAUUAUUAUUCCACCUGGCAUAAAACCCUUUUAUGGUUUCGGAUUUUUGUUUGCCUGCAGGUUGAAAAGAUGUUUAAUAUCCUUACAACAGAUUUUUUUGUGCAGUAUUUUCCUUCAAGCAAAUCAUCCAAAUUGUUUUAAAGCACUACAGAGUAUGCAUCAAAUAGAUUUUUGCUAUUAGUUGAAAUUUUCAAACCAUAUGACACAAAGAUGAAUAGACACAGAGCUGUAUGGCUGGCCAUACCGACACAUAUCAUAUUCGGGGUAAUAAGCUUCUAGCCAUUCCUCCAUAGAUUCCAGCCUUCUAACGUGUUUUUGUCGUAUUUGUGUGUGUGUGUGUUGGAGGUAUUGGAUCUUUCCUCCUUCUGACUCAUAUGUUCUCCAGCUGGCCUGGGGAAUCCCAUUACAAGUCAGAUUUCUUCAUAUGCGUAAAUCCCCCAACCGAGCGUCCACGCUCAUCCCACUCCCCUUCACUUUGAUUAUGUCCGUGCUGCAGGAUUCAGCCGUGCAUAAGAGUGUUAAUCAAGUGUUAGUAUUUUACUGCAGCGCAGUGCACCCUCAUCGUCCCCUUGUGGAUUUUUCUACUCCGUUUCGAACACAGAAUGUGCCAGUCGUGCUGCAAAGGAAAUGCGUUCAUCGUCGCGGUGCAGAAACCCGUGAUCUCACAUGCAGCAUAACGGAUUGCAUGCGAGAGGACGAUGGAGGACGCGGUAUGAAAAACCGCUUUUGUUUUGCAGGCUUAGAUCAAAUGAUUCACAAUCGCGCCACUAGACUUGGCAACAGCUUGCAUGUCUCCCACUGCACCUGGUGUGCAUCCAGAGACCGAGGAGUUCCCCCUCUCCCCUCCUGUGUGUGUGUGUGUGUGGUUUAGUGUUUUAAAACUCUGUGUACUGUUUUGUAUUCAGUCUGAAUGAGCUAACCAUGAGAAUGGUCAUUAGAGAAAGAUUGUCUCAGUUGAUCUGAGCAGAAACCUUUGCACAAUUUAGUUCCCAUAUCUUUACAGAUAAAAGUGCAAUGUGGGCUUGAUUCAGAGAGGAUCUCAUGCUUCAAUGCUUUAACAUGUGAUUUCAAGCUGGAGCGAAAUUUGACAAAUAUACAGCAUAUAACAUGUUUCCUUUGCAUUCAUAUAAGGCUUUAUACAAUGAAAAUUGUUUUCUUUUUCCAUAGAAUGCUCCUAACAGAUAACAAGCUCUUGUAUUAUAUCAUUUAGCUGUUUAUUUUAAGUCCCCGAGAAACCACUCCGUACAGCUGACAUGUUAACUCAGGUUCUUCGUUUUUACUUUGAAUAAAGCGGUGAGAAAUGGAACCUGUUUUUGGUUUUCUAAAGAUUUUGAUGAUUGAUAGAAGCUAUCUGAAUGAUUAUACGGUUUAUCGCAGUCUAGAAGCUGUAAAGGAAAUGAAAAACGGUUCUUCAUACAGCACAUUUUUGUUCUCCAGACAACAGCUGAUUGUCACCUUCCUUUUGAAUAUGCGAUCAGAUUAAAUCCCUGAGAAAGUGCACGGGUCAGCUGAUUAUUUGGCAUAGGAGCUCCACAUUUUAACACCGUAAUAUCACCAGAAAUAUCAUUUAAAAAAUAUAUCAAAA